AUGGAAAAAUCCACAACUGUGACAAGUGAAAAGAAGGUUAGUAGUAACUGCAUCAAUGAUGAUCUUUCAGUUAACAUUCUCUCCAAAUUGCCCUUAAAAUCUUUGAAGCGAUUUGGCUGUGUUUGUAAAUCAUGGGCACCUUUAUUUGAAAACCCUCAUUUUAUGAGUACCUUCCGCUCAGAUUUCAUAUCUAAUCAUCAAUCUUUAUAUAAUGAUACAUCUCUCCUGUUACAAGUUACUGGUAGAGAGUUUCAUAUAUUGUCCGAUGAUAAUGAACUUGAAAACACUGUCAAUCUACCCAAUCCAUUUCAACAGGAGGAUCUAUUUUUUAACAUUUUAGGUUCCGGUAGUAUUACCGGAAUUCUUUGUCUCCACCGAUACGAAGGUGGACCAAUUGUAUUUUGGAAUCCUUCCGUCCAAGAAUUUAAAGUCAUUCCUCCAAGUCCGGGUGAAUCUGUACCACGUUACCAAUUGUUUUUGACUGUGAUUAAUGGAUUUGGAUAUGACCAUGUUAGAGAUGAUUAUAAGUUAAUUAAGCAUCUAUAUUACACUUCCCCAAGCAGUCGAGAUUAUGAAGAUCUUGGCCUACAUGAUGUGCCAUGGAGAGAAGUAUUAGAUUGUGAAUCUUUAUGGGAGAUAUAUAGUCUUAGAACUAACUCUUGGAAAAAACUUGAUAUGGAUGUGUACUUCGAAGGUAUAUCAUAUAACUUUAGUGCACACAGUAGUCUUUGCGGCCAGCUGUUGUUUUUGGAUGGAAAGUGCCAUUGGUGGCAUUAUGUUCAUCUUUCUGAUGCUGAACUAGCUUUGGAAUCAUUUGACUUGAUCAGUGAGGUGUUAUGUACUACACUCGUACCAUUAGAUAUACAUUUUGUGGCUGGCGCACCACAUUUGGUGGAGUUAAGUGGUUUUAUUGCUCUGAUCUCUUGGAUUUAUAGUAGUACACCUACUUUUGAUAUAUCAAUUUUAGGUGAAAUUGGUGUAAAAGAAUCAUGGAUUAAACUUUUUAUUGUUGGACCAUUAUCCUGCAUCCAUAAACUUGUAGGGUCAGGUAAGAAUGCUGAUAUAUUUUUUAUUCAAGAAGAUGGUGAAAUAGUUUGUUUAAAUUUGAGUACCCAAAUAAUUGAGGAGCUUGAUGUUAAAGGGGACCAUUAUAGACAAGUUGGUCAGGUAUUGAUGUAUAAGGAAAACUUUCUUUCAAUUGAAAGGAUAAACCAUUAG